AUGGAGACCCUACAGAAGCAAGCCUUGAUCCGGAUGCCUUGCUCGAGCUUGUGUGCUGUCAAACUUGUGGAACGCGACCAUCUUUUUGGCGUCGACCUCAUCCUCGAUCCUAACACUGCAACCAUCUUUGCAAGUCUGAUCUCUUUAGCAUCUCGACAUGAAGCUCUCCUAUCAACAGUCUUUGAGCAGUCCUGGCGAUAUACGAAUCUGCUGGCAUACCCAAUAUCUGCUUCAUACAAGGGAUCUACUUCUGUGGCGUUGUUGAAUGCGUACACACCUCAGAAUCUCAAGGCGAUAGGACACUUUAGGUGUGAUGUGGACCUUGCCAAAGCUUGCGACAAGAAGAGCCCCAUUUGUCGAGUUUGA